AUGGAUUCGUCUUCGAGUGCGGAAUUUGAUUAUUUGUUCAAGCUAUUGUUGAUUGGGGAUUCAGGAGUUGGUAAAAGUUCUCUUCUCUUGAGAUUCACUUCCGAUAACUUCGAAGAUCUUUCUCCUACCAUUGGGGUGGAUUUUAAGGUAAAAUAUGUCACGAUUGGUGGGAAGAAGUUGAAGCUUGCCAUCUGGGAUACUGCUGGGCAGGAAAGAUUCAGAACGCUAACUAGUUCAUAUUAUAGAGGAGCACAAGGAAUUAUAAUGGUUUAUGAUGUAACACGACGAGAAACCUUCACAAAUUUAUCUGAUAUUUGGGCAAAAGAAAUCGACUUGCACUCAACAAAUCAAGAUUGCAUCAAGAUGCUCGUUGGUAAUAAAGUCGACAAGGAAAGCGAAAGGGUUGUCACAAAAAAGGAGGGAAUCGAGUUUGCCAGGGAAUAUGGAUGCCUUUUUAUCGAAUGCAGUGCAAAAACUCGGGUCAACGUGGGGCAAUGUUUUGAGGAACUUGUUUUGAAGAUUUUGGAUACACCCAGUCUUAUUGCUGAGGGGUCAGCGACUGUCCAAAGAAACAUAUUAAGACAGAAGCCUCCAGUUUCAAAUGCAUCAACUAAUGGCUGUUGCUGA